GCCCCGCCGAGCGCGGGCUGGAGUGGGAGCUGGUUCCCGAGCGCCGCGGACGCGGGAUGCCCACGUGGAGCCUGCGGCGGAGGCCCGGCCGCACACUCGGACUCCUGCUGCUGGGGAUCUUGAGUCUCCUGGUGAUCCGCAGGUAUCUAUACCUCGAGCAGGGCAGCUGUGACCAUGAGGUGGCUCAGAGGUUGAACUGGCGUAAUCUGAUCUCUCCAUGGCUAAGACACCGCCAGUCAGGGCUGCAGGCAAAAGGCCAAAACUUUAUGCUGGAGGACUCCACCUUCUGGAUCUUUGGGGGCUCUGUGCACUACUUCCGUGUACCCAAGGAAUACUGGAGGGACCGCUUGCUGAAGAUGAAAGCCUGUGGCUUGAAUACCCUCACCACCUACGUUCCGUGGAACCUCCAUGAGCCAGAAAGAGGCAGAUUUGACUUCUCUGGGAACCUGGACCUGGAGGCCUUUGUCCUGACUGCUGCGGAGAUCGGGCUGUGGGUGAUUCUGCGUCCAGGCCCCUACAUCUGCAGUGAGAUCGACCUCGGGGGCUUGCCCAGCUGGUUACUCCAAGAUUCUGGCAUGAGGCUGAGAACAACGUACAAGGGCUUCACCGAAGCAGUGGACCUUUAUUUUGAUCACCUGAUGUCCAGGGUGGUGCCACUCCAGUACAAACAUGGAGGACCCAUCAUUGCUGUGCAGGUGGAGAAUGAAUAUGGUUCCUAUAAUAAAGACCCCGCCUAUAUGCCUUACGUCAAGAAAGCCUUGGAGGACCGAGGUGUUGUGGAGCUGCUCCUGACUUCAGACAACAAGGACGGCCUGAGCAAGGGGGCGGUUGAUGGAGCACUGGCCACCAUCAACUUACAGUUGCAACACGACCUGCAGUUGCUGACCACCUUUCUCUUCAGCGUCCAGGGGGCUCGGCCCAAGAUGGUAAUGGAGUACUGGACGGGGUGGUUUGACUCGUGGGGAGGCCCACACAACAUCCUGGAUUCCUCUGAGGUCUUAAAAACAGUGUCUGCCAUCAUCGAUGCCGGCUCCUCCAUCAACCUCUACAUGUUCCAUGGAGGCACCAACUUUGGCUUCAUAAAUGGAGCCAUGCAUUUUUAUGAAUAUAAGUCUGAUGUCACCAGCUAUGACUAUGACGCAGUGCUAACAGAGGCUGGGGACUACACGGCCAAGUACGUCCAGCUCCGGGACUUCUUUGGCUCCAUCUCAGGUGCCCCUCUGCCUCCCCCGCCUGACCCUCUUCCCAAGACUGCAUAUGAGUCAGUGACGCCAGCUUUCUACCUGUCACUGUGGGACGCCCUGAAGUACCUGGAGACACCAGUCAAUUCUGAAAAGCCAGUCAAUAUGGAGAACCUGCCAGUAAACAAUGGAAAUGGACAGUCCUUUGGGUACACUCUGUACGAGACCACCAUUGCCUCAUCUGGUGUCCUCAGUGGUCUUGUGCGUGACCGGGGACAGGUAUUUGUGAACACAGUAUCUAUAGGAUUCUUGGACUAUGAAACGAAGGCAAUCAAUAUCCCCUUGAUUCAGGGUCACACCAUGCUGAGGAUCUUGGUGGAGAAUCGUGGGCGAGUCAACUAUGGGGAGAUUGAUGAUCAGCGCAAAGGUUUAAUUGGAAAUAUCUAUCUGAAUGAUUAUCCCCUGAGAAAAUUCAGGAUCUACAGCCUGGAUAUGAAAAAGAGCUUCUUUCAGAGGUUCAGCUCCCACGAAUGGAACCACGUCCCUGAAGUACCUACAUUCCCUGCUUUCUUCUUGGGGGCCUUGUCAGUUGCCCUUUCCCCUUCUGACACUUUUAUGAAGCUGGAGGGCUGGGAGAAGGGGGUUGUAUUCAUCAAUGGCCAAAACCUUGGACGCUACUGGAACAUCGGACCCCAGGAGACCCUCUACCUCCCAGGUGCCUGGUUGGACCAAGGCAUCAACCAGGUCAUUGUUUUUGAGGAGAAGAUGGCAGGUCCUGUGAUACAGUUCACUGAAACACCCCACCUAGGCAGGAACCAGUACAUCAACUGAGCAGCACUGCCCGGCACCUCCUCGUGGUGGGAAGGAAGCAAGAGGGCGCCACCCUCCUCCCGGCUGAUGGGAGGCCUGGCAGGCCCCUCGCACCCUCGCAGCAUGAGAGUGUCCUUAAGUAGCAACCUCCGGGAGUCCAGGGGCCACAGCUCUGCCCACUGUUUGAGUUCAAGACCCUAAACCUGGAGACCUGAAGAGGAGAGGUAGGAUGGCCAGGGAGAGACCCCUUCUUACCUGAAGUGGCUUCUUGACCCAGCUCUGUUGAUGGCGCCUUUCUACUUCCCUGCUCUUCUGGGAGAGGACAGAAGGCUGUCUCUCUGGGGGUGGGAAUGUCUAAUCAGAUCUCCAUGAGGGUGUCUGGGGCCCUCAGGAAAGGGCCUGACUAGCUGGCCAUGACUCCUGGUCAUAUGUUUGCUCCUCUGAGGUUCUCACCUGGCUCGACCACAUCCCUUGUGGCCCCUUUUCAUUUCUGAAGUAGUGAGUGGUCACCACUUGCAGGGGAUAGGGAAGGGGGUGUGUCCUCUGAUAGGCUUUGUUCUUUCUUCAAACCCUCCCAAGCCUUCUCUAGGAUUCUGGGAGAAAUUCCGUUUGAGACAUGUUUUCUCCUUUUCAUUCUCAGUCUGAUUGCAUCUGAAUCUGACAGGAUGACAGGCCAAGUUUAUGUGAAGCAGAAACACUCGGCCACUUGUUUUUCUGAAUUAGAGUGUGUCCAGUUUUGCUCAGGGAGAAGCAUCAGCUGAGGAGGAGAUGUAGCUCCUAGCAGAAACCACACCCUCUCAGGGCCCGCAGGGAGACAGCAGGAGGCCACUCCAGUGCGGGGCCGUGGGGGGCCUCCCUGGAAUGUUGGGGCAGCCUAGAGCAGGCCUUGCUCCAGCUCCCUCCCCCUCUCAGCCCCUCUGGCCACUCAGCAGAGCGGAGAGGCAGCCUGCCCUUGCAGUUGUCUGUCCACUUCUGAGGCGCUUGUUCUGGGGAUUGAGCCCAGUGGUUUGGCUCAGGUUUGCUGUCUUGAAUUGCAAUAAAGCAGUAGA